AUGGCCCGCAAGGCUUGGGCUGUGGGCUGUGCUGGGAGUAGGAGGGUCUUGGUCCUUCUCUCAGAAUCCCUGAAGCUGUGGCCGGCCAGCAGGCUGCCUUGCGAGGAAGGUGAAACACUGGACCCUUCCCAGUUCUUGGCAGCUUUCCCCGCUCACGUGCAGAAGAGGGUAGGAGGUAGGCACCCGAGGCUGGUGUCGCAGCUGCAGGAAGCUGGCCAGCACCGUGCGCCUUUAGCGUUUGGCUCCAGCAUCUUCCGCAAGCUCCUCAGGCCGCGAGCUGCCUUCUGGUGCGCAGGUGGGAAGCUGGGAGAGGGGCACUGGGGCUCUCAGAAUCUCUACAAAGUGACUUCUGCUUAUAUAUCAGUGGCUACCCUGCUGCAAGGAGAGCUGCGAGAUGUGACCACUUGGCUGUGCUCGGUUAUGCUCAGAAUAUGA